UAUCUUUCCGAAUAUAUAAAAAUCAAAACAAAACUUUCGGAUUUAACCUUUUAUUCAUUCUCUCUAAAAUUUUCCCUUCAUUCAAUCUGAUAAUCGGAAACCCAGACACUCCGAAAUAGUGAGAUAGCCGACUGUUGCGACGGCCAUGACGGUGGAGGUUGUGAAUACCGGCGUCGAUUCCGCUGCGGCGGCGACGGUUUUCCAGAACGGCGGCGUCGCUAAUGGAGAUAUCAAUGCAAACCCUAAAAAAUCGAAGGAGAACGAUCGUCGCCGCCGUCGUCGUAAGCAGAAGAAGAAGAAGAGUGCUUCUUCUCAACCUAAAGAUGAUGGAGAUGAUAGUGAUGCUGAUGGUGGUGUCUCUAAUGGCGACGUUCCUCAACAGGUUUUGGAAGAAGUUGAGGUGACAUAUGUUCCUGAAAAAGCUGACUUGGAUGAUGACUUGCUUGAUGAUUUUAAAAGGGUUUUUGAGAAAUUCUCAUUCAAAGAACCUGAAGGAGAUGAGGCUGAUGAAAAAAAGGAUGAGAUAGAUCAAGAUGCAGCUGCAAAGAAGAAAGCUGACUCAGAUUCUGACGAGGAAGAUCAGGAUAAUCAACUGAAGGAGAAAGGGAUCUCAAAUAAGAAAAAGAAGCUGCAAAGGAGGAUGAAGAUUGCCGAGCUGAAGCAGAUUUGCCGAAGGCCUGAUGUGGUGGAGAUCUGGGAUGCAACUGCUCAUGACCCGAAGUUGCUGGUGUUCCUCAAGUCCUACAGAAAUACGGUUCCUGUCCCUAGGCAUUGGUGUCAGAAGAGGAAGUAUUUGCAGGGGAAGCGUGGUAUCGAAAAGCAGCCGUUUCAGCUUCCUGAUUUUAUUGCUGCAACGGGUAUCGAAAAGAUUAGACAGGCUUAUAUUGAAAAGGAAGAUAGUAAGAAGUUAAAGCAAAAACAACGGGAACGCAUGCAGCCAAAGAUGGGCAAAAUGGAUAUUGAUUAUCAGGUUCUGCAUGAUGCAUUUUUCAAAUAUCAGACCAAGCCAAAGUUGACGUCAUAUGGUGAUUUGUAUUAUGAAGGGAAAGAAUUUGAGGUAAAACUCAGGGAGAUGAAGCCCGGCACCUUGUCUAAGGAGCUGAAGGAAGCUCUUGGGAUGCCAGAGGGUGCCCCUCCUCCAUGGCUUAUCAAUAUGCAGAGAUAUGGCCCCCCACCAUCAUACCCACACUUGAAAAUCCCUGGAUUAAAUGCUCCUAUUCCACCUGGUGCUAGUUUUGGUUAUCAUCCUGGUGGCUGGGGAAAACCUCCUGUUGAUGAAUAUGGACGCCCACUGUAUGGAGAUGUGUUUGGUGUUCAGCAGCAAGAUCAACCUAAUUAUGAGGAAGAACCAGUGGACAAGUCAAAGCACUGGGGAGAUUUAGAGGAAGAAGAUGAAGAGGAAGAAGAGGAGGAGGAAGAGGAAGAAGAACUCGAGGAGGAGGAGCUUGAGGAUGGCAUUCAAUCUAUCGAUAGUCUAUCAAGUACUCCUACUGGUGUUGAAACGCCUGAUGUUAUUGACCUUCGUAAGCAACAGAGGAAAGAGCCUGAGAAACCUCUUUACCAAGUACUUGAAGAAAAAGAAGAGAGAGUUGCUCCAGGCACAUUGUUGGGAACAAGUCAUACGUACGUUGUUGGAGCUACUAAUCAAGACAAAGCAGGAGCUAAGAGGGUUGAUCUUCUUAGGGGUCAAAAGGCAGAUAAAGUGGAUGUGUCUCUACAGCCAGAAGAGUUGGAGACCAUUGACAACGUAUUGGCUGCGAAGUAUGAAGAAGCAAGGGAAGAGGAAAGAUUACGUAGCCAGCGUGAAGAUUUCAGUGAUAUGGUUGCAGAGAACGAGAAAAAGAGGAAGCGAAAGAUGCAAGAUAAGGAAGGAAAGUCGAAAAAGAAGGAUUUCAAGUUUUAGGAUGUUUCAAAUGCAUUUUUUGUAUUUUAUCUGUAUCAGGUUAAGCAGUUUCUCGCUUAGUUGGGAUUUGUUCGGUGUGGUCUAGAUCCUUGGUGGCAUAAAUUUUUGUUUAAUGACUAAGCAGAGAUUAGUCCAGCCUCUGUUCUGCAAUAUCUUAGUUCAGAGAAUAUAGUUCUGUUUGUGUUGCCACAACCACUGUUUAAGUUUUGUCACUUGGAUGUAUAAACCUAUGAACCUACUUGUAUAAAAGAUAACAGUUGAUAUACUUAAUGGUUUACUUUUUUUUCUA